AUGUUCGCUGCUUCUGCGCGAAGUCGUCUCUUCACCUUGUCACGGCCCCGCCUACUACCUCCGACACAACUACUCGCCCGCUCGAUUCCCACCAUGGCCCCCCGGAGAAAGGCGUCAUCAGUUCCAGAGGGUUACAAAGAAGAUCUGGCCAAGGGCAAGAUGCUCCGGUUUGAAGAAUCUCUGCCCCAUCUUCCAAUUCCGUCCCUCGAGGAGACAGGCCGUCGGUACCUGAAAUCCGUCCACCCGCUCGUGAACCAGGCAGAGUACGAGCGCACCAAAAAGGCCGUCGAGGCCUUCAUUCGCCCGGGUGGUGAGGGAGAGCCUCUCCAGAAGCGGUUACUUGAGCGUGCUGCCGACCCAAAGAUCAAAAACUGGCUCUCGGAAUGGUGGAAUCAGGCCGCCUACCUGACUUAUCGCGAUCCCGUCAUUCCCUACGUCUCGUACUUCUAUUCCUACAAGGACGAUCGCGAGCGUCGAAACCCUGCUAAGCGUGCGGCUGCCAUCACGACUGCCGCUCUGGAGUUUAAGAAGCAAGUGGACGAUGGCUCUCUCGAGCCUGAGUACAUGCGUGGCCAGCCCAUGGCCAUGAGCUCAUACAAUUACAUGUUCAAUUGCUGCCGUAUCCCCGCCGAUGGCGCAGACUUCCCGCUCAAGUACGAUGCCUCCGAGAACACACACAUCGUGGCUGUGCGCAAGAACCAGUUCUUCAAGGUUCCUUUGGUUCUCAACGGCCAGCCUCUGAAUGUCUCCGAGCUGGAGCAGCAGUUCCAGCGCAUCUACGAUAUUGCCCAGCCUGCCCCGCCGGUCGGUGUGCUGACUGUUGCUGAUCGUGAUCACUGGACUGCUGCUCGUAAGCAGCUCGUAUCCUCCAACCCAGCCAACGAGCAAGCGCUACGGGACAUCGAGUCCAGCGGCUUCGUAGUCUGCCUGGACGAUGCGAAGCCCGUGACCCUGGAGGAGCGAGCCCAUCAAUACUGGCAUGGCGACGGAAGCAACCGGUGGUUUGACAAGCCUUUGCAGUUCAUUAUCAACGAUAACGGUACUGCUGGCUUUAUGGGCGAGCACAGCAUGAUGGACGGCACACCAACCCACCGCCUCAGUGACCAUGUUAACAACCUCAUCUUUAACAAGCGCAUUGAUCUUUCUGCCCAAUCCGUUCGCUCCCAGCUGGCAGAUCCCAAGCCCAUCACCUUCUACCUGGACGAGACAGCGAACGAAGCAGUCGAUAUAGCAGCCCAGUACCACCGCAAGCAGAUCGCCUCUCACGAGCUAGUAGUCCAAGCCUUCCAAGGAUAUGGCAAGGGUCUGAUCAAGAAGUUCAAAUGCAGUCCGGACGCCUAUGUGCAAAUGAUCAUCCAGCUAGCCUACUUCAAGAUGUACGGCAAGAACCGACCAACCUACGAGUCUGCCUCGACACGUAAGUUCCAAGAAGGUCGCACCGAGACCACCCGCACAGUCUCAGACGAAAGCACGGCCUUCUGCAAAGCGCACCAUGACCCAGAUGUUUCUCGCGAAGAGCUAGUCAAGCUGUUCCGCGCUGCUCUGACCCAACACACCAAGUACACGCUCGAAGCCAGCGACGCGCACGGUGUAGACCGCCACCUCUUCGGCCUGAAGAAACUCCUCCAACCAGGCGAGAAAGUACCCUCACUAUACGAAGACCCAGCCUACUCAUACUCCGGCUCAUGGUACCUCUCCACCUCCCAGCUAAGCUCAGAGUACUUCAACGGCUACGGAUGGAGCCAGGUGAUCGACGACGGCUUCGGAAUAGCCUACAUGAUCAACGAGAACAGUCUCAAUUUCAAUAUCGUGUGCAAACGCCUCGGCGCCCACCGUAUGAGCUAUUAUCUCAACGAGGCAGCCUCUGAACUGCGUGACGUGCUCAUGCCCGAUCUAGCAGCUCAACCCGAGAAGGCGAAGCUGUAA